AUGGUACUACUCAGUAUUGCCAUCACCCUCACUGGUUUCGCCACAAUGGUGCUCGGCUCCACGGUAUCUCAGGCCAAGCUCCACAGGGUCUACGAGUGCACCGAGUACAACAGAGGCGUAACUGUCUGUUCGCCCUACACCAAUGAGAUCUACCAGUGUAAUGAAGACGGCUGGGACUGGGUUACCACCUGUUAUGACCGCAGAUCACCCUGCAGUAAUGGUGCCUGUGUUCCUUCGCCCACUGCAAACAAGAGCCGAGAGGCCGAGUGCGACGAAGGCCAAAAGCGAUGCCUGACUUUCUACGACCGCGGCCACGACGGCAUCCAAAUCUGCAAGAACGGAAAGUGGGAGCUUCUCGAUCCAUGCCGCUGCAACAGAGAUCCUGAACCUCAAUGCAUGCCCAUCGUCUCUCGCGACAUGACCAAACCGCACCAGUGUAUCGAGGGCGAACCGAAGUGCAUGCUCCGCAACGAGGAUGGAAACGGAGGCACACUCUUCAGAUGCGAAAACGGGUUCUGGAAAACGCAUAUGCAAUGUCGACCAUGGGAACGCUGUCAUGACGACCCAGGGUUCUCUACAUGUUCGUGGCUGGAUGCUGCUGCCGUUGCCGACGACCAUGACAAAGUCACUACUCUUGCUGGAAGGGACGAUAAUCCUGCACACACACCUCCAGAUUUUCACUGCUGCGUCGAGGGCGAAAAGUACUGCGGCAUCAUUAAUAGACGCAAUGGCUCUAUAACUGCUGUCUUCCUGUACGAGAACGGCACUUUCAAGACCUUGAAGGAAUGUCGAUAUUCCCGUUGCAUUGAGGAUACGCGUGGUCCUCACUGCUAUAUCUGUUUUACUAUGGAAUGUUCCAUUGAUGGGCUAGCGGAGGCUAUUCACAGAGCCUAA